CAAUCUGUGUGGUAGUAGAGGCAUCAAGCAGUGCAGUGCAGUGUACCAGCGUGCGUGUGCAAUCCACCUUUCACAUGACGCGCGACCCGAAUAAGCUAGGCAGCCGUCUCUUCCGUCCUGACUUCCAGCUUCGUGCUACAAUACUGCCAUGACUUCGAGGGACAUUGACCAUCACAGAAAGCGAUCACGCUCGCCUGACCGUUAUCAUGUCCGAUCGGACGAAGUGAAGCGAUCUCGCUCGCCUUCACCGCACCACAAAAACCACCGCGACCACCGUCGCAGUACCACAAGUCGCAGCGAGUCGGUCAAGCUGCCCUUCGCAGCCCGCCUUCUCCACAAACAUGACUUCAAGCAGUAUGAAGGCCUCUUCGCUCGCUACCUGGAUGUCCAAAAGCAGAUCGACAUUGACGAGUUAAGCGAGACCGAAGUGCGAGGCAGAUGGAAGAGCUUUCUGGGCAAGUGGAACCGAGGAGAAUUGGCAGAAGGCUGGUACGAUCCCGAGGCGAGAUGGAGAGCAGAGGACAGGUGGAAAAAUCGACCGACUAGAAAUGAGCGAGACAGAGCAAAGCUGGUGACACAGAUGGACGCUCCCAUAGCUCCGCGACCACUACAAGUUGGAGUCAGCGGCGUAGAAGAUGCCCAGGAAGAUAGCGAUGAGGACGGAUACGGCCCCGCUCUCCCUGACAGAGAGUCUCGCACGCUAGGAGCAAGCAUACCCUCCCUUCAAGACCUCCAGCACCGAGAAGAACUCAUCUCAGAAGCCCGCCAGAACUCCCGCACCGACCUUCAGUACUCCCGCAAAGUCGACCGCAACCUCCAAAAAGACCGCCUGGAAGAACUCGCUCCCCGCGCUGACCCGGGCAGUCGCGAGCGACAACUGGAGAAAAAGGCCGACAAAACCUCCAACUUGCAUGCAUUCCGUGAAGCGAAGGAUGGUGGCGAUGUCGAAGUCAAUGAUCAGGAAAUGAUGGGAGGUGGUGAAGACGACUUUAAAAGAGAGUUGAAGAGGAGAGAGAAGGUGAAGUCUGAAAGGGAGGUUCGGAAAGAAGAAGCGCUACGGGCGAGGAUGGCGGAGCGGGAGGAGAGGAUGCAGGGCGUCAGGGCGAAAGAAGAGAAGACGAUGGAUAUGUUGAGGAGUCUGGCGAGGGAGAGGUUCGGCUGAGAAGGUGCCGUUGUCCAGCACUUAUUUCUGCUGCCUCAACGAGCACCGCCCGCGAUCGAGGCAUGCGGCCACCCAUACUGUGCGACGGAAAGCUGCCAACGAAAGGAGCAGGGGGCAUUGUCCUUGGCAACUACCCUUGAGACCUGACAUGCGCACUCUUGAUGGACCGAAAAGGUAUAUCUUGCUGCUAACUAUCUAGUAUCCACUCUCGGGCAUGGCACUUUGCUUUUGCUCUGUUUGCCUCAUCGCUCAACGGACUGUCUCCAUGCACUGCUCAUCCCAUGAACUUCAAAUCUCUCGGGCCGACACGUAUGGUAUCAUGCGCCGUA